AUGUCAUUCUCCUUGCGAGAUCGUCUAGCACUGCAAAUAGUCUGCCUAUACACUAGGUUAAAACCUAUUAUAGGACGCCGGUACUUCGUUCAACGUCGCAGUGGGUGGAGUGGAUCCGUUCAUUACGAUAAAUGUUGGCUGCAACUAAUACGAAGCACAAAGUCUGGCUGCGCCGUGGUGACAAAGCAGCGAGCUUGCGUGGUGAGGAUCCAUCUCAAGAAGUCUGCCGCUACCAUCUACCGUUAUUGGCAGCACGGCUGUCUCAACCAAGAUGACAAGCGGGUUGAUAUGAUCCAUUCCAACGACAAGGCCUUCACACCUCCCUGGGCGACCCCACGGUGA